AUGUCGACUUCUUCAUCGAAUGAAUCGAUUGAGAUUAGAGAAGUUUGGUCAUAUAAUCUUCAACAAGAAUUUAAAACGAUUGCAGAUUGCGUGUCAUCAUAUCCUUACGUCUCUAUAGACACAGAAUUUCCUGGAAAUGUGAUCCCCGAACAAUCCAAACGCAUCAACAAAACCAAAGUCUCGUAUUCUUGCUUAAGGAACAAUAUAAACGCGACAAAGUUGAUUCAACUUGGUUUAACUUUGGGUGACGAAAAAGGAAACCUUCCUAAAUGCGGGUCUAAUAGGUCUUCAUGUGUUUGGCAGUUUAAUUUUUGCGAUUUCAAUGUUAAGAAGGAUAAUUAUGUCAAAGAAUCCAUUGAACUUCUAACAAGAAAUGGCAUAGACUUCAAGAAGAAUCAAGCUAAUGGCAUUCUCCUAGUUGAUUUCGCGGAGUUGGCCAUGUCUUCGGGCAUCUUCAUGAACAAUGAUGUUCGGUUGAUUUACUUUCACGGAUCUAGUGAUUUCGGGUACUUGCUGAAAAUGUUAACGGGGCGAAAAGAACUUCCGAACACGCCACAAGAAUUUCUUAAAUUGAUGAAUGUGUUUACCCCAAAUUUUUAUGAUGUGAAACACCUAGCUAUGUUUUGUCAAAUUUUUGGAGGGUUGGAUAGUAUGGCAACUCAAAUGAAUCUUACGAGAGUCGGUAUUGCCCAUCAGGCGGGAUCCGAUAGUCUACUCACUUAUCGUCUUUUCAUGAAAUUUAUUGAGAUAUUCUUUGGCGGAAAUUUGCCCCAAGUUGGAUCAAAUGUUAUCUAUGGUGUUGAUAUAUAUUAUUAA